AUAAAAAUCCUACCUAAACGUUCGAGCCGAUAAUCCGCUACCCUGAGAUAAAAAGAUUCGGCAUCCGGGUCGGUUUUAAAAUUGUUCGUAAUCGAGCGGGAAGGAAAGAAAUAUCACAGUGGACAGUGGAACUUCGCGCGCAUAAUCUGUCAAGGGUUUUAGCCGUUUUAGGGUUUUACUGUCUUUCAUUCUUAUCAAGACGCCAUAACGAUAAACCCGUGGACACACAUUUGUUCCUCAUUUCGCUUGCAUGCGAGGCGAUUAGCCCUCGAUGUCGACCAAAGGUCCAAAGCCACAUUGACUACCGAAUGAUACCCUCGUUCGGCGGAAGUGCAGAAGCUCGUUUUAGCCCAUCCAUGGCGUUAUCUUCGGGACUUCGUUCAACCGCCUCUUCUUUAUUGCGUUAUCAAUUCUCAUUUUCCGUUGCUUCUAGCUCUUGCCGAUUUACCAGGUCGCGCCAAUGUUUCUUGGAGCACCGUUUCCUCUCCGACGUCCCUCCACGGUCGGUAAAGCUAGUGAGAGCGAGGCGCAGAGAAGGGUCAGAGACAGUGGAGAAGGGCAAGGGAGGUGGCGAGAAUGGGAACUUGCUUGUUAGGGAGAAGGAUGUCGAGGAAGGAAGGGUUAUUCCGGCAGAGCUUCACAAGGAGGCUACUGAAGCUUAUAUGGCGUAUGCCAUGUCGGUUUUGCUUGGUCGAGCAUUACCUGAUGUUCGAGAUGGAUUGAAACCGGUGCAUCGUCGAAUUCUAUUUGCAAUGCAUGAGUUGGGCCUUUCGUCUCGCAAGCCAUAUAAAAAAUGUGCUAGAGUGGUUGGUGAGGUUCUAGGUAAAUUUCAUCCACAUGGGGACACUGCUGUUUAUGAUUCUUUGGUUCGGAUGGCACAGGAUUUUGCCAUGCGCUGUCCUCUCAUUCAAGGUCAUGGGAAUUUUGGGUCAAUUGAUGCAGAUCCUCCUGCUGCCAUGCGUUACACAGAGUGCAGGCUUGAAGGACUCACAGAAGCAAUGCUGCUGGCAGAUAUUGAACAAGACACUGUUGACUUUGUUCCAAAUUUUGACAAUUCACAAAAAGAACCAUCACUUUUACCAGCUCGAAUUCCCACUUUAUUGUUGAAUGGUUCUUCUGGGAUUGCGGUUGGAAUGGCAACUAACAUUCCUCCUCACAAUCUGGGAGAGUUAGUGGAUGCAUUAUCUGUUUUGAUUCAUAAUCCCAAUGCUACGCUUCAAGAACUGUUGGAGUACAUGCCAGGACCUGACUUUCCAACUGGUGGAUUAAUCAUGGGUAACAUUGGUAUAUUAGAAGCAUAUCGAACUGGACGUGGACGCAUAAUAGUCCGAGGAAAGGUUGAUGUUGAGUUACUUGAUGCUAAAACAAAGCGUAGUGCAAUUCUUAUUAAAGAGAUCCCAUAUCAGACCAAUAAGUCUUCACUUGUUGAGAAAAUUGCUGAACUUGUGGAAAAUAAAACCUUAGAAGGCAUAAGUGAUAUUCGUGAUGAAAGUGAUAGGACUGGAAUGCGCAUAGUCAUAGAGCUAAAAAGGGGAUCGGAUCCAAACAUUGUUCUCAACAAUCUUUAUCGCUUCAGUGCUCUUCAGUCUAGCUUUAGUUGCAACAUGGUGGGUAUUCUUGGUGGACAACCAAAACAAAUGGGUUUGAAAGAAUUGCUUCAGGCUUUCCUAGACUUCAGAUGCUCUGUUAUUGAGAGACGUGCACAGUUUAAGCUUUCUCAAGCUCAAGAAAGAAAGCAUAUUGUAGAGGGUAUUAUAGUGGGGCUUGAUAAUUUGGAUGGUGUGAUUCAUAUAAUUAGGGAAACUUCGAAUAAUGUGAUGGCUUCAGCUGCCUUGAGGAAUAAGUUUGAUUUGUCUGAGAAACAAGCUGAAGCUUUACUUGAUAUAACCCUGAGGAAACUUACUCAUCUUGAGCGUAAAAAGUUCGUUGAUGAAAGUAUAUCCUUGACAGAACAAAUUACCAAGUUGCAUGAUCUUUUAUCUAGCAAAAAACAAAUAUUCCAGUUAAUAGAACAAGAAGCAACUGAACUAAAGAACAAAUUCUCCACUCCAAGGCGUUCUAUGUUGGAAGAUGCUGACAAUGGUCAACUUGAAGAAAUAGAUGUUAUCCCAAAUGAAGAAAUACUUCUGGCUCUUAGUGAAAAAGGCUAUGUUAAGCGAAUGAAACCUAACACCUUUAACCUUCAACAUCGUGGAACCAUUGGUAAAUCAGUUGGAAAAAUGAGAGUGGAUGAUGCCAUGUCUGAUGUCCUAGUUUGUCAUGCCCACGAUCAUGUCCUUUACUUCAGUGAUAGGGGAAUAGUGUACACAGCUCGAGCAUACAAGAUUCCAGAAUGCAGCCGUUCUGCUGCUGGAACUCCUCUGGUCCAGAUAUUAUCCUUAUCUGAUGGGGAGAGAAUAACUUCAAUUAUUCCUGUAAGCGAGUUUGUUGGAGAUCAAUAUCUGGUUAUGCUUACAAUGAAUGGGUACAUCAAAAAAGUCUCUUUGAACUCUUUUUCAGCAAUCAGGCAAACAGGAAUUAUAGCAAUUCAGUUGGUUCCUGGUGAUGAGCUAAAAUGGGUUCGACGCUGCACAAAUGAUGAUGUUCUUGCAUUGGCUUCUCAGAAUGGAAUGGUUAUUAUGAGUUCAUGCAAUAUUAUCCGAGCACAAGGAAGAAAUACUAGGGGUGCAGUUGCGAUGCGACUAAAAGCAGGAGACAAGAUGGCAUGCAUGGACAUAAUACCAGCAGCCUUGUGGAUGGAGCUUGAUAUGAGGGUCAAGGGUCCUGGGGCCCCAUGGUUGUUAUUUGUGUCUGAAAGUGGUUUGGGGAAGCGGGUUCCUCUGAGCAGCUUCCGUGUAUCACCUUUGAAUAGAGUUGGUUUAAAAGGGUACAAGCUUCCACCAGAAGACCGCUUAGCAGCAGUAUUUGUGGUUGGGUUCUCAUUGGCUGAAGAUGGUGAGAGUGAUGAACAAGUAGUUCUAGUAAGCCAAAGUGGGACAGUAAACAGAAUUAAGGUUCGAGAUAUUUCUAUACAGUCACGCAAUGCAAGGGGAGUUAUUCUGAUGAGGCUAGAGCAUGCUGGAAAGAUUCAAUCAGCUUCUUUGAUUUCAGCAACAGAGUGUGGACCUGAGGAUGUUGCGACUGAUGAAGUUAAUAUUGAGAAACCUACCAUCAUGUAACAGUUUGUAAUUUCCUUUUACCACUGGUCGCCUGAACAUUUUCAAUUGGCGUUUUGUAAGAACAAUUCAUCAUCUGGUUUUGUAAGUGCAAGGGGCAAGCUCGAGGGACGGAAUGUUCCAUCUUAUUAUUAA